AUGGUUCGCUAUGCCGCCGCUCCCACUGUCACCAACCCCGAAAAGACCUCCCGCUCGCGCGGCGAGUACCUCCGUACCCACUUCAAGAACAUGCGGGAGGUGGCUGCUGCCCUUACUGGUCUGAAGCUCACGAAGGCGUACGCCUACCUCGGUGACGUGAAGGAGCACAAGCAGGUUAUUCCCUUCCGGAGAUUCUCUGGCGGUGUCGGGCGGACGGGCCAGGCAAAGCAAUUCAAGGCUACUCAGGGUCGCUGGCCCGAGAAGUCUGUCAGAUUCAUCCUCCGCCUCCUCAAGAACGCCGAGUCAAAUGCCGAUGCUAAGAGCUUGGACGUUGAGGAUCUGUACAUCAAGAACAUUGUUGUCCAGCAAGCACCCAAAACCCGCCGCCGCACAUACCGUGCGCACGGUCGUAUCAACCCCUACCUCGGUCAUCCCUGCCACAUCGAGGUUAUUCUGACGGCUAAGGAUGAGGAAGUUGAGCGCGCCAAGGACAAGGAGGUUGCGUCCCCUCUUGCUGGUCUGAAUCGGCGACAGGUCGCCCGACGGAGGAUCGAGGCCGCGCGCGCAUGA